ACAAGCCGUGCCUUGAGCGCCGCCGCGUAAACAAUCACCAUGUACUUAUGAUAACGCGGCGAUCGAGAAACGUGUUUAUUUCGAAUUUAAAAUAUAAUUUCAAAACGCGGUGUGUCUUUGUGAACGUCUAGAGUAUUUUUUAACUAGUUUUUAUAAUAUAUCGCGAGUACAAAAUUUAAUUCCAUUGCCUUCUUGCAUAUAAAUAGUGAUAGGAAAGCUUGAUAUAAGUAGAUAGUCGCGCUAGCUAGAUAUUUAGAGGAAUAGGAAUUUUUUACUGAAAGAUUUAAUAAAAUAGCACAAAUGUCGCUGAUCUGUGGAGAACAAUUAUUUUCAGACGCCGCCGGGCCGCUCAUUUCCGAUCCAAUUUUGAGUUUAUACAAAUCACCAUUAGCAGGAUGUGCAUUUCUCACGUACUUCAACCCGGACAGCGCUUCGAGCGCACAAACAGCCCUCCAUGAAAAACGAACGUUACCAGGGAUGAAUCGGGCGAUACAGGUGAAACCAGCAGAUAGUGAAAACAGGGGAGAUCGGAAACUGUUCGUUGGGAUGCUCAGCAAACAACAGAGCGAGGAAGAUGUCCGCCAGUUAUUUACGCCGUUCGGUACAAUAGAAGAGUGUUCCAUAUUACGAGGUCCCGACGGUUCUAGUAAAGGCUGCGCGUUCGUCAAGUUCAGCUCACACCAGGAAGCGCAGCAGGCCAUCACACAACUACACGGAAGUCAGACCAUGCCGGGAGCGUCUUCAAGUCUCGUGGUCAAGUUCGCGGACACUGAGAAGGAGCGACAGUUGAGACGCAUGCAGCAGAUGGCCGGCAACAUGAGUCUCCUGAACCCCUUCGUGUUCAACCAGUUCGGGACCUACGGCACUUACGCACAAGUCAUUUCUGAACAGCAACAAGCAGCGCUGAUGGUGGCUGCAACAGCACAGGGCUACAUCAGCCCAAUGACAGCGCUCGCGUCGCAUGCUCUCAAUGGAAUGACUAAUUCUGUCGUGCCUCCGACCUCUGAGAACUUCUCGGGUCUUGCAAUAGGCACUGGUGGUGGGCAGCCUUUAAAUGGUUCCCUGCCGUCUCUGCCCUCUCCGACGAUGCCUGGCUUCAAUAUGGCAGCUCAGACUGCUAACGGACAACAACCUCCACAAGAGGCAGUCUUUACCAACGGCAUACACCAGACCUUUACUGGCCCUGUACCAGUGACAGCUCAGGGUCUGCCAAAUGGAGAAGCUGCAGCCCUGCAGCACGCGGCCUACACCGGCAUGCCGCCAUUCCCCGGAGUCGCUUAUCCAGCAGUAUAUGGACAGUUUCCGCAACCGAUACCGCCCCCGAUGUCGACUAUAGCACCGGCGCCGAGAGAAGAUUUUCUUGUGUUCCCAGGAUGCUCCAUCUCGGGGCCCGAGGGCUGCAAUCUAUUCAUCUACCACUUGCCCCAGGAGUUUGGUGAUGCAGAACUGAUGCAGAUGUUUUUGUCAUUUGGGAACGUCAUCAGCAGCAAGGUUUUCAUCGACCGUGCCACCAAUCAGAGCAAAUGCUUUGGAUUCGUAUCGUUCGACAACCCUGCAUCAGCACAGGCAGCGAUCCAAGCCAUGAACGGCUUCCAGAUCGGUAUGAAGCGAUUGAAGGUUCAGCUGAAGAGACCUAAGGAUGCCCACCGACCUUACUAACACGAGAUCCCGUCCGCACGCGUCUACUCUGUGCCCCCGUGGGCCACCGUUGGAGAUAUUCCACGACGCGUCGUAUGCCACAUUUACAAGGAAUUUAAGAUAAAUAUGCAUUUUAGAGAAUAACAGGUUCUAUAUCAAACUAACAAACAAAAUGGAAGCCCACCCGGCGAGUAUACUAUAUUAGUUACAGUAAUUUAUUAAUGUCUAUUGAUCAUUGCGUAGGAAAGCUUCAUUAUUAUCAUUAAUUAAUCAUUAAAUUACUCUAUUACUUAUUAUAUACAAUUUAUUAAAUUUGAUUAAAUUAUUAUUAUUAUUAUUAUAAAUGACACGUUAUAAAAUUUUGUCAUUCGUAAUCAUACUUCUACAUCUAAGUACUUAAAUGUUUAACUUGAAACUUUUAACUUACACUAGUUAUUUGCUUGAACUAAGCCAAACUGAAUUUAUUAAGUAAGUUGAAAAUGUAAGGAAAAUGUAUUUUAUUGUAUAUUAAAAACAUUAUUGUGAGGUUGUAGUGCCGCAUGUAUCUUUACAGAGUUGUUGUUUUAUAGAUGGCGCUAAAUUAAUGCGGCGUGGUUUUGGUUUUAUUAGUAGGGAUUUCGGAUAAAGAUACUGCGUGCGCGACAACCAAAUACUUACCUAUUUAACUGUUGUCUCCCUUCAUAUAGCCACGAGUACAAUAACGGAGUGUAAUUCAUAUAUUUUGUUAAAUUUUAUUGUGUGAGGAUGUUAAUUAGGCCUUUUACACUAAGUAGGCUUACCAUAAGCUGGGUGUUAUUAAUAACAUUAACACCUUUAAUUCUAAGACGUCGGCAAUCGACAAAAGUAUUGAGACAAUAAAUGUCAAUAAUCUCUGAUCAAUUACUGAUAUUACCACAGAACUUGUAUCCAUCAGACAACCACGUAAUAAAUAAUUUUUCGUUCGAAUAAGCCUUAAAACAUCUAAAUAAUAUAUAUAGAUACUAAUGUUAAAAGUAAAUAUGGCGAAAUACGUUUUAAAUCUUAAACAACAGCUUACGGUAAGCCAGUCACUGUAAAUUUUCAUCAUAAAACGUUGAAUAACUAUAAAAUUAUAAUAAAAAUUGUUAAAUGUUAAAAACGCUGUGUACAAAUUAAAGUGCACUUCAUCAAACAUUACAUAUGGCCUUCGUUCUCAAACAAUUUGUUGUAAAUUCCAAAUGGGCUGUGAUAUAAAAACUUAUAAACUAUAUCAACAAAGUAUAAUCUCAUGUACAGAACGUUCGUCAUUGCGUUGUAUUUUAUUUUUGUUCUAAUCGUGGCUUUGAUACUAAAUUGUAAUUGUAAAUAAACAUGGAGACUAAAUUUGUUGCUACGAAAGAAUUUAAUCGAAUUACCUUAAGUAUCUAGAUAGUUACCAAACUAUAAAAUACCUCACUAGCGAGAUAAAUUCAUUCAUGUGGCAACAUUUUUAAAUUUACCUUGCAAUUUGAUUAAACUUAAAUUGCAGGGUUUUAACUUGAUCCAUGGGUACGUCAAUUCUUAUAGCAUGUUAUAAUAUUAAUUUUGAUGAGUGUCAUGUUUUGUACGUCAUUUUGUUGUAACGUACCUAUUCGUGUUAGAAUGUUAAAGGUGUAAACAAUUAAUGUGGCCUGUAUCCAGGGAGUCAACAGAGACUUAGGACGCAAGCUAGUGUUAAUUCUUACUAAAACAAAAAUAGUUUCGUAAUCAAAAUGUACCAAUAUAAAUAAACAUAAUAAUGAAAGUUUAGAUGUAAUACGUGCGCGUGGGCGGUACCUAUCUAGACCAGAGCCAGGCUGCGACCGGCUGCUAUUAAAAAAUAAUUUGAUAUGCUAUAAAUAUGACAUUCUUCACUCAAAUUUAUAGCAUUAGAUAAUUAAGAAUGUAAAUAAACAUUGAGUAUUUCAAGCUGUACUUAGUUAUACCAAAUAUUUCGAAAUUGAUGCCAUUUUAAUGGUUCUAUGUACUAAUAUCAUGUUUGAGUACAUCAGGUAUCAUGCAGAAAUGCCUCAAAAUUAUUUAGCUUCUAUACCUUUAAAAAAGAGCAUAAAAUACGUAAAUACAGAUAGCCUAUCAGUCGCUACGUAUUUUGAAUACUAUUAUAGGAUAUAAAUUUAUAUUUUAUUAUUUAGAUACACGCUUCUAUGUCAAAAACUGUAAAUUUCCGUCCGCUCAUGUUUGACGCAUGAUUUAAUUGCCUUUACUUUAACGGAAGUUAAGCUAUUUCUGCAUAAUACUAAUAAUGUAGCAGGUUUCGUGUAUGAUAUGAACACACGCGGUCUUCACAAACCGUUGGGAUCCAUCAGUAUGGAGACGAGAGAGAGGUGAAUAUUCCGUGUGUCCAGAUCAUGGGCGGUGGUGUUACCCUAGCCGCCUCUAGUCAAAUAUUAACUCAACAUAAACAUAGAUUUUUAUAUUUACACAAAAUAAUAUAUGAAUUAUAUUGAGAUAGUGUUUUAGAUUUAGGCGUUUAUGAUUUGAUGGAUAAGCUCUGUAUAUUAAUUGGAUCGUGAUAUUCGAUUCGUGUUUGAUUUCCGACACGAGUUUUUGAAAACAUUCACGGCUCGUGAAAAUCCUGGCUAAUACAAGCUUGGGAUCAAUCGAAUAUCGCAAUCAAGCUUUCUAUUAUAAUUCUAUAGAAAAUACUUAUAAAUUAUUAUCAAUAUUUAAACAUAGAUUUCCUAGUUCUUUUAUCUUAAACUAAGUAAUAGUGCAAUACGUUGUUAAGCUUUUUAAAUUGUUUUCGAGCGUUCUUAUAUUUAAUAGUAGCGCCAUUUAUGUCCCAUUAUACCUACUUUUUGUUGAAUAAUUAUAUAAAAUAAGUUAAAUAUUUAGAUCUCGUAAAUUAGCCGAGUAGAAGGCGUUUUACACGAGACGAUUUAUGUCGUGCCGAUGCAUUGCAAAUGGUACUUAAGUUGUUAGUACUUAUUAGUAUUUAUUACAUGCGAUUUCCGUCGCAUUUUGAUCAUUUAUUUUGUCAGAGUCGAGUUCGUGUUGAACUUACGACACGGGAGACGUUAUAACUUGAGUGUAGAGAGUCCGGCUAGCGUCGAAGUCGAACGUUUUGGUUAAUAAAUUGAUGCCAAAUGGGAACGUAUACUUAGUACAUAUUAUAUAAGUAUAUCAAUAUCAUGAGAUAAGGUAGAGGUAAAGGGUCGGAUGGCUCGCUGACCUGCUGGCGGUCUGAUUGUACAGAUAACAUAGUAUUUAUAGUAUUAUAUUGAUCAAUCCAAACGUUACGCAUCACUCAUUAGAGGGAAAUUGUGUCCUUUCCGAAUAUCUAAUUUAAAAAUGAUCGCCCGUUAAGUGAUUCUAGGAUACAGGGUAUGCUUUGCAACGUAAUGUAUUUCACGUAGAUGGCGAUAGUGAUUGGCGAACUUUCUCAUUCCGGCGCUUGAAAUCAUUGACGAAAUGGCAGUAAGUGUAUGCUUCAUUCACAGUAUAUACUUAUACCGGCACUUACCAUAUACCUUUACUUACUAUGACGGCAAAGGCGCCCGCGCCGAUUCACUUUCGGGUCCACUGUUAUGUAGCCUAACGCAAAUUUUAUACUCUCGUAAACUAUCGUAAAUUAAAUUGUCAUCGUAUUUGAUGGAUUAUCUCAUUAGAAAAUUUAUACUGUCUCACACGCACGGCGAAUGUAGGUACUUUAUAUAGGUAUACUGUACGAUAUGUACCGAUGUUUGAUGAUUGGAUUAAUAAUUAACAAGGUUGAAAUAUUGAAUUUGGAACCGUCGCGGUCUUAUCACACAAAUAUAACGCGUUUCUUAAUUUUCUUCUUUCAUGUCGUUGGUACACGAUCAAUUAUGCCAUUUCUAGGAAAACAAUAAUGUUUGAAAACGACCUAGCUAGUAAGAUGAAUGCCAAUACUUUAAAUCAUAAAAACUUAGGGUUGAAAUUAAUUAAUCAUAAUAAUAUAUGUAUAGGUAUCUAUUUAUAUUAUUACUUAACAUAAUAUGGAGAGAGACGCAUAGUGCUUUUAUAAAAGUAGAACUUAGUAAAGAUACGAGACGAUCUAGUCAUUAUCUUUUAUCUCUUUCUUUUAUUUAUUUUAAAAUCUUUCGCUUAGCAUAGUUUAGCUUCAAGCACGCACUAAUUUAUCUACAUUUAAUUAAUUUUCUUUUACACUCUUAACGUAAGUACCGGAAGUAAUUGUAAAAACAUUGGCUAUUGUAAUAAGUUAUCCAGAAUAUUGUUUCGUGUUUUAUAUUGUAUAAUCAAUCGUAGAAUAGAUAAAGUAGUUACGGAUAAUAUCGUGGUUGGACACCAUCUGUGUCGGUAUUGAGUAGGGAGAAUCUAAUAUUAGAUGUUAGAGCUACUUGACAAGAAAAACUAUAAACUAACCGCCGUCCGAAAACAUUUCGAAAAACUUAUCAUCUCUUGUCUACGUGUAAUUUGUUUUGAAUACUGGAUCCGUUACUCACUAAUAGCCUAAACACAUGAUCGGACUUGGUCCGGCCGAACCAUCGGACGCGGUCCGGUAGCGGACCAAAUUUGAUGGUAUGUCACAUUGUCCAUUGCCCAAAAUUAUUAUUAUUACCGCCCGAACUGUAGUCCGGAGGCGAAACAUCCAAUGUUCCCGCCGUACCAAAUCCGACCAUGUGUCCAGGUUAUAAGCCUGUGCUAUAUUAUUAUAAUGAUCAUAGUUUUUUGAUUUGUUACGACGAACUGUAAAUACACAAUGUUAAAGUAAUAUGACGUCAUAUCUCUAAUUUAGGAGCUUACUAGCCUUUUUCCUCGAGUCUUCUCGGGCGGGUGACAGGGUGUCGCUGUUUAUAUAUCUAGUAGGAAAAACUACAAAACCAUUUUUAAUAAAAUGCAUCCUUGAUACAAGUCCGUUCUAGCAGUCAAUAUAAAAAUAUUGCACGAAAUAUUUUUCGAAUUGCGAUUGCUAUAAUUAAUUUUCUUCGAUUCCAAAUAAUUCAUUCGUAAUUUUUAUAAAAACAUUCUUAAAUCUACCAUUUGUGAGUUUUGAAACUAUUUGUUACAUAAAAAGUGCUACUGUGUAACACAGUAAGCGAUAUAAACAUCUGAUAAAGCUCUUCAAAUAACACUAUAUAUACUAUUACCUACAUUUAUGAUUAUGUCCAAAUGUUAAUCAUUAAUGUAAUAAUUGCUAGAUUUUAUUACUCAUGUCGUCUGAAAAUACAUUGUUCUGGAUAACUUAUGUUAUACCUACUAGUUAGACAUUAUUCAUCCCUCUUCCUUAUCACAAACUCUUCAAACAAGUGAAAGUAAACCCUUGAUGCACUCAGAGCAUACACGAGGUACAUUCAAUAUGGUUCACACACAUAGUGUUAGUUAAAUUUAUAAAUAAAACGAUUCUGUAAUACGAGACAUAAUGGUAUUAACAGUUGCCUAUUUUACGAAAUAUUUUUUUUUUAUAGAGUCGAAAUAUAUUAUAUGUUAAACUAAAAAUGAAACUUGUUCCUUGUCGUGGAAAUCUGGUAAAUUCGAUUGAUUUGAUAGCAUUAAUGAUAAUCUAAUACAACAAUAUAACUCAAGACAAUAAACAUAUAAAACUACAAUUCCUACUUAUAAUAAUGGAUGAACACAGUUUAAAAAUUAAAUGAUGUCAAUAUUUUAUUAACUGUUAAUCUACGAAUAACCAAAUUGAAAAUAAAACUUAAGCACGAGAUUGUAGUUCACAUUGUCUUACUACAACUGUUAAUUUAAAUAAAUUUAAUAAACUAAUGCCCACCAUGUGUCUAUUAUGUAAUUCAAUUCAAAGUCGUAAAAUGACUACUGUCUUAUCUAUAUCAAAAACGAAACUCCCAGACUGGCUUGUUUCAUUGUCGGGGCAACUGUGUUACCCAUUACGGGCAUAAGGUAUUAUUUUCCCUAAAAUACAUUGAUAAUGAGAACAAAUUGUUUCCUUAUAAAUAGUGUAAAAUAUGAUACCUCAGUAGGUGUCUGUGAUAUACGCUUAUAUUAUGUCCUUUAUGCUCAAGAACACAUCCUUGAACCUGGAGCUGGUUAUAUUUCCCGCAAUCGUCUCAGUUAGCACUCUACAUCCAAAUAGUUAGGCUAAAUUGAACGUUGAAGUAAACUCAAUGUUUGUAUCUAUAUUAAUAAAAUGUAUGUCUAGACGAAUGAAAUUUAUAAAACGAUUUGUAAUUUAUAAAUAUUAGGUACUUAUCAAGAACAAUCAAAGUCAGUGGUUGUGUUUAUGUUCUUGCUAUGCUUGCAACAUAAUUAUGUGCAACUUUCCUACCGGUUUGGGCUGUAAACUGUGAUGGAUUGAGCCAUCUCCCAUGACCAAAACAAAUAGUUAUUAGUGGUUAAUAUGUUAUAUUGACAUAGGCGUCAUCACGACUGUACGAUAGGUACAGUAUUUAUAACAUUACAAUGGCCUUUAAUUACUUUGCCUACCUAACUUCUGAUGAACUAAAUUUUACUGCACUGCACUCAAUUAGCACCGUAUAAAAUUAGUUUGGCUUUAAAAUUAAUCGAAUUGUCAAACUAAUUCAAUUCAAAUGACAGCCAUCGUGCGGAAAUGUCAGUUUGGAUUUAUCAUGCUACGGCCACACUACCUUAACGUCUACCGGCAUGUGCCGCAAAAACUGUAUUACAACUACGUAAUGCUUUAAUUAAAGCCAUAAGUGACUAUUAUCAACUACGUUAGUGUGGCCAUGGCGUCAGCUGUGAACGACCCACUCAUAAUAUAGGUACUUUGACUUUAAGAGAGUACAAACAGAUUUGUUAUUUUAUUGCUACAAUCUUUAGAUUAAAAAAUUGGUGUAAUUUAGCUAGUUGAUUGUUUAUAUUGACACGGUUCGAGAGUUUUAGUAGAAUGAUUCUACUUUGUUGUUUAAAUUUAACAUAAAUCGUAUCCGUGUCGGAUAUCUUGUAUCACAACAUUUAGUCCUAGAUAAUAUUGUAUUUAUUUUAAGUUCAUUUCCUUCAUUUCAUUCACCAAUGAUAGGUCACAGUUUCUUUAAGGCAGCUGUCAAAUGGCACAAACACAAUAUUUAUAAUGUGUGCUUAUCCUACCGAUUGUCCAUGCCAGCUGACAUUUGAAAUAAUGUUACAAUUACUUAAUAACACCAGAAAGGUUUAUAAAAUAAAUCCAGAACAGAUCAUACUUUUUCAUACAAUUUCCGCAUAAGUGUUGCACGUUUCAAAUGUCAGAAGUUAACUUAAUUAAGUAAGUACUAGAUAAUCAAUAAAAUGAAAGUUCCCUUUAAAGCAUUUUAUAGCUAGGCUAUUCGUAUAUCAUAAAAUAAUAUUGUUAUAUUUUGCCAAAGAUUUCUAUUGUAAGAUAAUUACAAACAUCAUACAUCGCUAGAUAAUAGCGAUUCAUUACUAGUGUAACUCGAGUGAUUGUCGGCAGGUGAAUACAAUAUAUUAUGUGGCGUUAUUUGAAACUAAUACAAUAAUAAUUUGCCUACUUUGCAUGUUUAGUUCAUAAACCUAUUAUCAAGUUAUGUAUCAGACGUAUUUCGAAACUAAAUAACUAUUCAAUUAUUUAUUAUUAUACACUUAUUACGUUUAGUAUGCUAGAAAUAUGAGGAAGGAUAAUAAAUAAUUUUAAUUAUAUUAA